AUGGGCUCGGUCCCUCCGGCUGCACGCGCUGAGCUGUCGGCGAGGCUGCAGCAUGCCGAACCCCCGCGGCCUCGACAAGGCACUGAAGAUGCCUCUGCAGAGGAAGACCAGGAUCCACUCAGCGACGGCUACCGCGGCGGCGGCGGCGGCGGCGGCUGUUGCUGCCGCCGCCAAUCAAUAAGUGGGUGGGCUCAAAGCUGGCGACGGCGGGGCUCGAGGGAGCGUCGCCCUUUCGCUGGGCCGUCACUCCGUUGUUUAUUCGCAGCGCUGCCUGCCGCUCGCCGCCUGCUGCCUGCCGCCUGCGGGAGCGCGCCGCGAGGACCCAUUUGUUCCUCUUCGGGCUACAAGAAGGCGGAUGAUGAGAUGUCCGGGGCCACGUCUUCUGCGGACCAAGAAGAGGCAGCAGCCCGCACCAUUUACUUGAAUCAGGCCCAGCAGAGCAAGUUUCACGACAACCGGGUCAGCACAGCCAAGUACAGCGUGGUGACAUUUCUACCUCGAUUCUUGUAUGAGCAGAUCAGAAAAGCUGCUAAUGCUUUCUUUCUCUUCAUUGCCUUACUGCAGCAAAUUCCAGAUGUCUCUCCAACUGGAAGAUAUACCACUUUGGUGCCAUUGCUCUUUAUUCUAACCGUUGCUGGCAUCAAGGAGAUCAUAGAAGACUAUAAAAGACACAAGGCGGACAGUGCAGUGAACAAAAAGAAGACAGUGGUUUUAAGAAAUGGGAUGUGGCAGAACAUUAUGUGGAAAGAGGUGGCCGUGGGAGACAUUGUGAAGGUCACCAAUGGGCAGCCCAUCCCCGCAGACAUGAUCAUUUUAUCUACCAGCGAACCUCAGGCAAUGUGCUAUAUUGAAACAGCUAAUCUUGAUGGGGAGACGAAUCUUAAAAUACGACAGGGCUUGACUCAGACCUCUGGUCUCCAGUCAAGGGAAGACUUGAUGAAGAUGGCUGGGAAGAUCGAGUGUGAGGGCCCCAACCGACACCUUUACGACUUCACUGGAAACCUGCGUCUGGAUGGCCAAAGUCCAGUUCCAAUUGGGCCUGACCAGAUCUUACUGAGAGGUGCCCAGAUAAGGAACACUCAGUGGGUUUUAGGAAUAGUUGUCUAUACUGGACAUGAUACGAAACUUAUGCAGAAUUCAACCAAAGCUCCUCUGAAGAGGUCAAAUGUGGAAAAAGUGACCAAUGUGCAGAUCCUUAUUUUGUUCUGCAUCCUUCUCGUCAUGGCUUUAGUGAGUUCUGUGGGUGCCUUACUAUGGAACAGAACACAUGGAAAAGUCAUCUGGUACUUUGGCUCAAAUGAAACGCUGUCAGUCAAUUUUGGAUACAAUCUGCUCACCUUCAUAAUCUUGUACAACAACCUCAUUCCCAUCAGUCUGUUGGUGACUCUGGAAGUUGUGAAGUUUACUCAGGCUCUUUUUAUAAACUGGGACAUUGAUAUGUACUAUAAUGAAACAGAUACACCUGCAAUGGCCAGAACUUCAAAUCUUAAUGAGGAACUUGGCCAGGUAAAAUACCUGUUUUCUGAUAAAACAGGCACCUUAACAUGCAAUAUUAUGAACUUUAAGAAGUGCAGCAUUGCAGGUGUAACUUAUGGUCACUUCCCAGAACUGGCAAGAGAAUGUUCGUCAGAAGACUUCAGUCAGCUUCCUCCUUCUACCAGUGAGUCUUGUGAAUUUGAUGACCCAAGGCUGCUGCAAAACAUUGAGAAUGAUCAUCCUACAGCAACUCAUAUCCAAGAAUUCCUCACUCUCCUUGCAGUGUGCCACACUGUUGUUCCAGAAAGAGAUGGAAACACAAUCAUCUACCAGGCCUCUUCUCCAGAUGAAGGAGCCUUAGUCAAAGGAGCAAAAAAGCUUGGUUACGUGUUCACUGGGAGAACGCCACAUUCUGUGAUCAUUGAUGCACUAGGAAAAGAAGAGACGUUUGAGAUCCUUAAUGUGCUGGAGUUUUCAAGUAACAGAAAGAGAAUGUCUGUAAUUGUUCGGACUCCAGCAGGGCGAUUGCGUUUGUACUGCAAAGGAGCGGAUAAUGUCAUUUUUGAGAGACUGUCCAAAGAUUCCCUGUAUAUGGAGCAAACACUAUGCCAUCUUGAAUAUUUUGCCACUGAAGGACUGAGGACUCUGUGCAUAGCCUAUGCGGACCUGUCAGAGAAUUCUUACCGAGAUUGGCUGAACAUAUAUAAUGAAGCCAGCACAAAUCUGAAAGACCGAACUCAAAAGCUGGAGGAGUGCUAUGAGAUCAUUGAGAAGGAAUUACUGCUUCUUGGUGCUACAGCCAUUGAAGACCGCCUUCAAGCAGGUGUCCCAGAAACAAUAUCUACCUUAAUGAAAGCAGAAAUCAAGAUUUGGGUACUAACAGGGGACAAGCAAGAGACAGCUCUCAACAUAGGGUAUUCCUGUAGGCUGGUGUCCCAGAGUAUGUCUCUUAUCCUUGUGAAUGAAGAUUCUUUGGAUGCAACAAGAGCUGCCCUGACUCAGCACUGUGCAAACCUGGGAGAUUCACUGGGCAAGGAAAAUGAUAUUGCCUUGAUUAUUGAUGGCCAGACUCUGAAGUAUGCCCUUUCCUUUGAAGUGCGGCAGUCUUUCCUGGAUCUGGCACUGUCCUGCAAGGCGGUCAUCUGCUGCAGGGUGUCUCCCCUGCAGAAGUCUGAAAUAGUAGACAUGGUCAAGAAGCAUGUGAAUGCCAUCACCCUGGCCAUUGGGGACGGUGCCAAUGAUGUGGGAAUGAUCCAGACAGCUCACGUUGGAGUGGGGAUCAGCGGCAAUGAAGGCAUGCAGGCAACCAACUCCUCUGAUUACGCCAUAGCACAGUUUUCCUACUUGGAGAAACUCUUACUUGUCCAUGGAGCUUGGAGCUACAACCGAGUUACAAAAUGUAUCUUGUACUGCUUUUAUAAGAAUGUGGUGCUGUAUAUUAUUGAGCUUUGGUUUGCGUUCGUUAAUGGAUUCUCUGGGCAGAUUUUGUUUGAGCGGUGGUGCAUUGGCCUCUACAAUGUGAUUUUCACAGCGUUGCCUCCCUUCACCUUGGGAAUCUUUGAACGAUCAUGCACUCAAGACAACAUGCUUAGGUUUCCCCAACUCUACAAAAUCACUCAAAAUGCUGAUGGGUUCAAUAGCAGGGUGUUCUGGGGUCACUGCAUCAAUGCCUUGAUCCACUCCAUCAUUCUCUUCUGGUUUCCACUCAAGGCCCUGGAACAUGAUGCGGUAUUUACGAAUGGCCAGAGUGUAGACUAUCUCUUUGUUGGAAACAUUGUUUAUACGUACGUUGUAGUGACAGUCUGCCUGAAAGCUGGUUUAGAAACCACGGCAUGGACAAAAUUCAGUCACUUAGCCGUCUGGGGAAGCAUGCUGCUCUGGCUGGUCUUCUUCGGUGUUUACUCGACCAUCUGGCCCAUCAUCCCUAUUGCACCAGACAUGCUCGGACAGGCAGGAAUGGUGUUGAGAUGUGGAUACUUCUGGCUCGGUUUAUUGCUGGUGCCCACAGCGUGCCUUGUUAAAGAUGUGGCAUGGAGAGCGGCCAAGCAUACCUACCAUAAAACUUUGCUGGAGCAGGUUCAAGAGUUGGAAGCUAAGUCCAAAGAACUGAGAAAAGCUAUGCUGCGUGAUAGUAAUGGAAAGAGCAUGAAUGAACGUGACCACCUGUUAAAAAGGCUUGGCAGAAAAACCCCUCCAAGUCUCUUCCGGGCUCAUUCUGUCCAGCAAGGAGUCUCACAUGGGUAUGCAUUUUCACAAGAGGAACACGGGGUCGUUUCCCAGUCUCAAGUGGUCCGAUCCUACGAUACUACGAAACAGAGGGCUGGAAUAGAAUAA